UUUCCUCUCUGGGGUUUGAUCUUCAGCCUGAGCAAUGAAGCCUUUCGUGGGCCUGCUGGGACUCCUCCUGCUUCUUUCCUUUAUGAAGACUUGUGCUGAUGAUUGGACAGCCAUUAGUCUGCAAUGUGCCGACCACUGGUUCCAUCUAAGGAUCAGGCCUACGAUAUUUCACAACAUUUUUAUGGAACCCGAUGAAGUGUUUUUAGGAAUUGGCUGCCCUGUGACCACUACCUGGCCAAAUGAUACCUAUGAAUUUAUCUACCGGACUUACUCCUGCGGCAUUGCCAAUAAAGUUCUUUGUGAUGUCACUCUGCUGAAGACGCAACUUACAUACAUCUCAAAAAAUGCUUCUCUACAAGCUGAGAUGAGUUUGUCCUGUGUUAUGCACAAUCAGAGUCCUCAUUUCUGUGAAGCAGAAAGUAGAGGAGAUUUCACUGGUGAUCCUCCUGGAUGGACAGAAGAUAUGAGGGCAAGAAGAGAUGAGCAAACUGUUCCGAUGGUGCAACCAAACCUUUCAACAUCAAGCGAAGAUCACCAUGUCUCCACGGAGCCUUGGGCCUCUGAAACGAGCAGGUCUGAGGCUGCUGAAGUACCUAGCUUCAUGGAUCAAAACUUCUCGGUUUUCCAUUUCUCCAGAAUGUAGAUGGUCUGGUGAUUUCUUAUCUCCUUUUUAAAAAGAUACAAUUUUCAAUUUUAAAUAAAGUAAAAUGCGACCUUCAUAUAUUCUCAUUUUUAAAAAGGAGCUGUCCCUGCUUUUAAUUGUAUAAAAUCUGAUUAAAGAAUAAAAAUUUCCCAUUAGUGCCGUGUCUAAUUACUGAAGGAUUAAUGUGCAUAUUUUUAAGCCUAAUGAUCAUAAAUAGUUAUUUUUUCUUG